AUGGAGCACUCGGAUGCCAACUACCAGUCUCUGCUGGGCUCCGGAGCUUCGAUUCGGCGCCUGAUGGGCCUGUGGUGGUCCCAGGGGCGACGGGGCCGCCUCUGGUCGGCAGUGGCCGCCACAGUGACAGUGGGCUCUCUCGCGUUGCUGACGACUUUCUCAGCUCUCAAGCUUAUCAUGGACACUCCGUCUGAGCUCGAAGAGAUCACACUGUGCUGUUUCGUUAUGUCGAUCGCCCCCGGAUUCUUGACCAAGGCAGUGCUCUUUAUCUACCAAGGUGAUACUCUGAAACACCUGCUGAAGCUUAUGUCCGGCAUCAGAAGACUGUACAGGAACAACAAAAGAAGCGACGACAUUCGACACUCUUACCAAAUUCUGUCAGGGCGAGUGUAUCUCUACAUGCAGGUAGCUGUAGUGCCGGCGUACGCUGGUUGGGUUUCCAUUCCGCUACUUGCCCGUUUUUUCUUCAACUCCGACGAUGAUUCGAUUGAAUCAAAUCACCAGUUCCCUGUGCCUCUCUGGUUUCCUGGAAACAUAUAUGUAGCACCCACGUACGAAAUAUUGUAUGGCAUUCAGUCUUUCUGCAUACUAGUAACAGCUCAGUCUGCGAUUUGCAUAGACGUUUUCUUCUUCCAUGUAAUGCUUAUGGUUGCAGCUGAGCUACAAGUUCUGAACGAAAACAUCUCAGUCAUGCAGAAAUUAAAUGUGAAAAUACAAGGAUACGAAGACUACAGAUUUAAAUUUUACGGAAACAAUUACGAACUGACCUUUCCAAGAAAUGCUCUUCCCAUUAGUCCUAUAUAUUCUCGGUCGGCAGGGGUCUCAGAUAAUAAAAUGUGUCAUCAUCUAGUGAAGAAUAUUCGGCAUCAUCAGGAGAUCAUCAGAUGUUUCCACGUACUGCAGAGCGUAAUGAAUGUGUCUAUAUUCACCUUACUUUUCGUCAAUAUGGCAGAUUUGUGUUCCUGCAUGUUCGUUACAGCUGUGCUGUUGCAGAGAGACGGGAACGUUACAAAAGCUUUGAAGCCAAUGCUGACAAUUCCACCACUCCUGUACGAAACUGGCAUGUACUGCAUCUUCGGGCAGAUCAUAACUGAUCAGAGCGAAAAACUGGUGAACUCCGCCAUGAGCAGUGGUUGGGUCGACUGUGAUCCUCGCUUCAAGCACGACCUCCUGUUCUUCCUCAUGGCAGCCAAGAAGCCUCUGGAGAUCACGGUGGGCAAGAUGAGCAAGCUGUCUAAGCAGAUGUUAGUACAGGUGCUGAAUGGAUCCUAUGCUUUGCUGAACGUGCUGUAUCACUUCCAUAGUACGCAGUAA